CGAUCCUGUCUUCCUUCGUGAUUUUCUUUUUUCUAAAAGAGCUAGACGGAGACUAGCCAGCAAGAUCAACGACACACUGUUUCGACUUCUUUUGCAUUAAUCUAAAACCUUUUACCAACAAAUACAAUAAGCGGGAAAAUGCUAGAGCAGAACUAUACAGAUGUCCAUGCUCUGCUGGUAUCCUGGUUGCAGCACUACAUUAAUGAGACAUGGGUGAUGGGAGCAGCUCCAUAUGCGCCGCCACAUCCUCCACCUGUGCAUCUGAGUGGCGCUCCGGUUCAAGAUAAAGGUCAAGGCAUGAUCUACAUCUGUCUGAUGGUGGGGCUCUUUAGUUUCUUUACCUUUGGCAUCAUGUUCAGCUAUAUCCGCUCAAAGAAGGUGGAGAACUCGCAGGAUCCGUACCAUCAGUAUAUAGCUAAAGACUGGGCUAGUAUAGCGUCUCCUGUCAUCAUCAGCAACCCGGCUGCGCUCGUACAUCUCCCCGGGUACGGUGGAAGAGAGCAGGAGCAGGCCUAGAUUACAGUGUGUGACUUCUGUCAUUUCUAUAAAGAGCGUGUCUUUGAUAUUCUGCUUCUUUCACAGUGUCACAGUUGUUCAUUAUGUCAAAAAUAAUAAUAAAAAAAAAACGUAUUGUACAAUUUGGCAA